UAUCAGGGAUGAUUCACGGUUUCGAGACAGUGUGUGAUGCGACUCUGCACAGAAAACUAUCUGACAAUCAUUCAUUACAAUAGCUGUUGUUCCGUGGCACACCACUGAAAUGAGGACAAAAAAUGCCAGAAGACGCGCUGCAUGAGUCUGCCAGGCGGAUGCAGGUGAAGAGUUGACUGCGAAAGUGGAUCUAUUGCAUAAUCAGACGGAGCACAAAGAGAGGCAACGAGGGAGCUUCGUUUUGAACUAUGGCGGCAACAAAUCUCAUUAUUCUGACAUAAAUUUUGAUAACGAGAAAACGUGCCACCUUGGAGAACAGCGGCGAAUUGUUGGGUAUGAGGAUAAAAAACACCCUGCCUCAAAACUUUCAAGUUUAAAUUCUUGCUACCAGAGGUUGCAUUCAUUUUUAGGCUACCUGUGCAGUGUGCUCUCAAUUAACACUAAACUGACUAGCUUAUGUGAUUUUAUAGGUUUUUUAAGCCAACAUCGGAAGCUUUUGGAGGUAUUUGUGCAGCCUCAGAAGCCGUUCAAAUGCUGGAAUGGAUUGGUGCUGCUUGUUUUAUGAUUUUAAUGGCCAUACUCUGGCCAGUGGUGAAGUGUUUUGGAGCGGAGAGUCACUCCACGCUGCUGCUUCCACGGCGCGAGAGCAAAAGAUCCGCGGAGAGAUGCGACUCGAAACUCGAGGGACAAGGUGAAUCUGCCACAGUCGCUUUGAUAUGCAAGCCCUCUGCACUGGCAAACUACCUUCUCAAACAUUGCAUGACUUUUUGCAAGUCGUUAUCGAUACCAAAAUGGAACUGGCGAAUGAGUUCGUCUUUACAAACUGUCUACGGUGCUUUGUGGCCGUUUGACUGUCCCGUGCAUUUCAUCCGAGAUCAUUUGCAGUUGAGUGAUGAUGGACUCGUGGCGUUAGACUGGGCUGUUGUUGGUGCGGCACAUCACAAGAGGCGCAGGACUUCCAGUAAUUCCACAAGUCCCGUUCUGCUUAUCAUUCCCAACUCCUAUGGGAAAAUCACCAGGAAUGUGUUAAAGCUCUGUGAGGCAGCCUUGAGUCACGGGUACCUUCCUGUGAUCUUCAACCGUCGGAGUCAGAACGGGACACCACUCUGUACCAUCAAGCUGCAGCAGUUCGGCGAUCCGACCGACCUGCGGGAAGCGGUGCGCUACAUUCGGUACCGGCAGCCGGCGGGCCAGAUCUACGCCGUGAGUGAGAGCACUGGUUCAGGACUGCUCCUGUCCUACUUGGGCGAGUGUGGCUCCUCCAGCUAUGUGACGGCUGCGGCCUGCCUGUCUCCGGUUUUCCGCUGCCAGAGCUGGUUUGAGAGUGGCCCGACCAGGCCGUUCAACUGGGCACUCCUGCUUUACCAAAAAAUCUGCCUCAGCAGGUAUAAAACUGUGCUCGGGGAGCUCGUCCACACAGACAACUUAUUCUCCAGCUGCUCUUUGAAGGCGAUGGAGGAGGCGCUGUUCUGUCAUUCUGGCUCAAAAGGGGCGAUGGCGGAGGGAGCAGGUAGCUGGGAGGCGUACUGGGAGCGGAACGACCCUCUGAGGGACAUAGAUGAAGUAGCCAUUCCUGUGCUGUGUGUGUGCAGCCAGGACGACCCCAUCCGAGGGGAUGACCAGGCCACUCUACCCUUAGAGCUUUUUGAGAGCAAUCCACAUUUCUUCCUGCUUUUGACUGCCCACGGAGGCCACUGCGGCUUCUCCACAUCAGACGAGGGCCCGAUCGUCUGGAGCCACCAAGCCUUACUGGAGUUCUUUCGCGCCACCACUGAUUUCUUUGCCGCGGAGGAGCGUGCCAAGCUGGCGGCCCGGCGGAGGGGUGUGAGCGGGGCUGGCAAGACUUUCCGCCAUCGCAGCGUCAGCACAUGCAAAAGACUGCCCGCCUGCUCACAUAACAUUCACGCCAUUUACAACUGGCAGAGGUCCUACACCAGAUGAUGAUGUGCUCAGAGGGUCCCCUGCUUUGUUUGGGAUUUGGGAGAGACUGAAAAAGCAAAGAGCACUGCCAGAAAAAGGUCGAUUAGAACCAUUUGUCUGACUUGCUGUUCAUCGCAGCCAAGGAAACCAGCAGUCGAGUCAAAAUAUCUCAGUUUACAUUCAGGACUAUUUAGAAUUGGACUAUCACUGUCAACAGAUGAACAAUGCCUAUCUUUGAGACUGUUGAA